UGUCCUGGCCAAAACCACGAAGGACUUGAUUAAAAGGCCCUCUAAGUGCCCACAGGAGAGAAAGUUGUCAAAAACGAUAUACAUACUGUAUGACAUUUUAAAAAGUUUUAAUUAAGAAUUAAACAAUCAAAAUGACAGACGUCUCGACAAUCGGUACCGGCGUGAGAAGACCAUAUUUUGAAGAAUUUGAUUCAAUAUAGCCAUGCAAAUUGUCCAUGAAAAAUUCUUAAAACAAAUAUAGUAUUUGAUUCCUCUAGAGCAGUGGUCUCUAAAGUGAAGUACGUGUACUCAAGGCGGUACGCAAAGUGAUACUUGGAGAAAUUCCAAUAAUUGUCUACAGAGGGGGAUGACUCGAGACUAUCGUGACGUCAGAUGUAGUCUUGUUGCCAGAUUCGUAACCAUUCCAAACCAAUGAUUUAAGAAAUGUCAAGAAAUUCGAAAAUUAUCCAAAAGACGAAUCGUAACUUAGUAGAAAUCAAAAGCAAGUUUGAUGCAGAAUUCCGUCGUUUUUCAUUGGAGAGGAAUGAUCUCACAAAGUUUGAUGACUUCUGUAACUUAAUAGAGAAAUUUCACCACCUUUUUGACAUUCCAUUUACACUUUGUUAUACUGAUCCUGUUCAUGGUGAUUUGUUACCAAUUAAUAAUGAUGAAAAUUUUGCUAGAGCUAUUAGUUCUGCAAGACCAUUAGUAAGAGUUUUGGUUCAGAGAAAAGGUGAGAGUUGGGAAGAAGUAAAUGGAUAUGGAAUUGCUGGAAAAAAGAAGAAAUUUUUAAGUCAUUAUCUUUUACCUUCUGUUCCAAAAGUUCGUUCACACAUUUCUAUUAGUUUACCUGAAGAUUUUAGACAAGUAUCUUCAAUCAUUGAUGUUGACAUUGUACCUGAAACUUGUCGGCGGGUACGACUUGUGAAGCAUGGAUCUGACAAACCAUUAGGAUUUUAUAUUCGUGAUGGGACUAGUGUAAGAGUUACUCCACAUGGUUUAGAAAAAGUGCCAGGAAUUUUUAUUUCUCGCUUAGUACCAGGUGGACUAGCAGAAAGUACAGGUCUUCUUGCUGUUAAUGAUGAGGUGUUAGAAGUGAAUGGAAUUGAAGUGGUUGGUAAAACUUUAGAUCAGGUUACGGAUAUGAUGGUUGCCAAUUCAUCCAAUCUUAUAAUUACAAUUCGACCGGCUAAUCAAUGCAAUUUUGCUUUUCCACGACGUGGAUCAUUCGGUCAUUCUUCACAGAUGUCUCACGGUUCUCAACAGUCCGCUCAAUCUCUCCCGAGUGACGACGAUCGGUAUGAUGAAGAUGAAAUUAGAGAUCAUACAGGAGCGGUAUUUUCAGAAGUGGAAGGACAAAAAACUGAAGAUAAUACUAUUGUAACACUUUAAUAUUGUCUUCCAAUCAGCUGUAAUUUGUAAGUGAUAUUUCCAAAAUUUAAAAGACUCAAGUCCCUGAAAACAAGAUCCAAUGGCAGUAUUUACUGUUUGAAAUAUUUUAUUUCUAAUAUUUCAUUAAGCAAUAUGAUAGAAAAAAAAAUGCUUGAAUUUUUCAGGCAGCUGUUGAUAAUGAAAUUAAUAAUGUUUUAUGUAUUAUUUUUUUUUUGUGACUUAAUUUUAUUGUUUCAGCAUUCCAACAUUUUAUUAUGUAAUUCUGAUCAACAUUUUAAUGUAUUUUAUAUAAAUGUUUUAUACUAUAUGCCGUCCAUAUUUGAACAAUGUAUUAAUAAAAUAUUCCAAAUGGGAUUUUAUUUUUACAUACAUUUUUGAGCAAAUAAGUCAUAAUGAUAAGAGAUCUGGUUAGUGAAAUUAGAAUGAUUACAAGCAGUACAAAGUUUUAAUUAUGAAAAGCACCCUCUUGGUUAGUAAAUGCACUAAAAGGUACUUUUGAGAUGUAAUAAUGGUUGUUUUUAUUGCAAUAAUUUUUCUUCAAAGUAAUUUUUCAUAACAUGGGUUGUAUUACCAGGGUGAUUUGAACUAAAAUACCUCAUUCCUUAAAUUGUGUAGCUAUUGGAUAAUUAAGGUGGCUGCUAAAGUUUUGAUUGCCUAUUUUAUCUGAAAAUGAAUUUAAUAAUAAAUUACUUAAAUUUUGACCAUAUAAUUUCUUCUUUAUAUGAUUUAAAUGUAAACAGAUAUAAAUAAAAUAUUGUACUCAUGUAUUGUUCAAAAACAACAAAUGUAUAUUUUUUAAAAAUAUUUGCACUUGAUGUUCAAUUUAUAUUGCAGCCAAUUCAUUCCAAUGUAUUUGUAAAAAUGUGAUUAAUAAUCCGGAUUGUCUACCAAAAAUGUAUAAACUUCUAUUUUGAU